AUGCCUGUCUUCGACAAAUUGAUGCCAAACUAUGUCACUGCCUCCAUUGCUCUGUCCUUCGGAGGACUGCUCAAUGGCUACGAUACCGGGUCCAUAGGAGCCAUCGUCCAUAUGGAACAGUUCAAAUCAUCGAUGGGCGGGACCAUGACCGCCUUCAUCACUGGUAUCACCGUCUCCACGAUCAUGCUCACUGGCAUUAUCCCGGCCCUAUUCGCAGGCCACCUCGCUGACAAGUACGGUCGAUUACGUCUCAUCGCCCCUGGAGCUCUCGUCUUUGGGGUUGGGGCUCUCCUCCAGGCCACAUCAACACAGCUACCCCAAUUCAUCAUCGGUCGCGCAAUCUCCGGUGCCGGGCAGGGUGUAUUCUUCGGCAAUAUCACAGUCUACAUUACAGAGGUUGCGCCGCUUCGCAGUCGCGGCCGUCUCUCCGCCUUGCCUCAGUUCAUGGCCACUACGGGCGUCUGCAUUGGCUACUUCGCGUGCGUGUCCACAACCGGACAGAAAUCAUCUCUCGCUUGGAGACUACCGUAUAUCGUUCAGGUCGCAGUGUCUGCCGGUCUGGCCCUUGUCUGCCGCUUCCUGCCCGAAUCACCGCGUUGGUUGGCGCUACAGGGUCGCGGAGAUGAAGCCCAGAUCUCCCUUGCCCGGCUAGAUUUCGAUCUUAAUGAGGCCAGGAGAGAUUUCCUGGCUACUGUGCAAGAACAGUCCAGCCUAUCCAAUUGGCAGAGCUUUGUUCUCCUCUUCCGCCGUGGAUACCGACCAAAGACUUUCCUUGCACUGUUCAUUCUCUCCAUGAUUCAAUUGUCAGGCAUAGACGCAAUUUACGCACCAUCGCUCUUCGAUCAGGCCGGCAUCUCCUCCACCAGCUCAUCACUCAUUGCAUCAGGCGUAUCUUCCAUCGCCAUGCUUCUGGUGUCAAUCCCUGGUUUUUUGCUUGCCGACAGAUGGGGGCGCCGCACCUCCGCGAUAUCUGGCGGUCUCCUCCUCGCUGGCAUCAUGCUCCUAAUGGGUACUCUCUACGCAUCUGGCGCCGUCACGCCACGUAGCGCUGCCAGCUGGGUGGUAGUUGUGUGCGUCUUCUUAUUCGGUAUGAUCUUCUGUGCCACAUGGGGGAUUGUGGGCAAGAUAUACGCGAGCGAAAUCCUCCCUGGAAACACGCGCGCUGCCGGCAACUCUGUCGGCAUGGCCUGCAGCUUUCUCACAAACUGGGUCGUUGCCCUCAUCACACCAGUCCUACUCAACGCCUCCGCCUUUGGCGCCUACUUCCUCUUCAGCGGCCUGGCCCUCUUCACAGUCGGUGUGCUCGCCAUCCGCAUGCCCGAGACCCGAGGCCAGUCUCUCGAGGAUAUCCAAGCUAGCUUCCGGCGCCCAACGCGAGGUCUCUUCUCCAGCCUUUUCCGACAACAGGCUCGAGCUCACCAGGGGGGUGCGACGGUGGGCAAUGAUCCAGUACCAGCUUUAGCCGGUGAGAACCAGCAAGAGGAGAUUGAGCUUCAACCCACUGCUCAAGGAACGGCCUUGGCGCGUCUCCCUACUAUCGAAGCUGCUGCUCGGGGGCUUCGCGUGGAGACGUCAUGA